AUGCUCACUAUCACCGCUCUUCUUCUUCUGCGGCCACGGCAUAUUAUGUUUACUCCCCCACCACUGGCUAGACGUCCGGGCAUCUUUCGCUGCCGGGUGUGCAGCAACACGUGGACUUCCUCUCAUGUGUGGGUUACGAGGACUACACAGCGCGUGUACCAAGGGGAGUCCUGUGAAGAGUGUGGGACAACGACGAAACCGUACUACAUUGGACGCCCGGAGGAAACGAUUUUUAAUCGUACGCGAACACCUCACCCGGUCAAACCGGGGGCAUCGACUAGUAGACACGGAAAGAAGCUACGACAUAUACGAUACGAUAAGAGGGUUCAAAGGGGACGGAAAUAA